GGGGUUCAUAUCCGGAUCGGUAUUGAGGACUCAUUCCUCCUUUCGUUCUUCUCCGGGCGGAGCGCAUGCGCGGCGAUUCCCUUCCAACUACCACCUUCCCCUGUCCCGGCAGCCGCCGCCGCUGCCGCCAAGGAGUCGGGAAGUUCAAAAUGGCCGCCGUGGAGUCUCAGCCGCCGCGGGAAGCGCCUGAGAUGGAAGAUGCAGAUAAUUCUGAAAAGAGCAUAAAUGAAGAAAAUGGAGAAGUGUCAGAGGAGGACCAAUCUCAAAAUAAGCACAGUCGACACAAAAAAAAGAAGCACAAACAUAGAAACAAACACAAGAAACAUAAACAUUCUUCAGAAGAUGACAAGGACAAAAAACAUAAACAUAAGCAUAAACAUAAGAAACAUAAACGAAAAGAGGUUAUUGAUGCCUCUGAUAAAGAAGGUGCAUCUCCAGCAAAAAGAACUAAAAUUGAUGACUUAGCUUUGCUGGAAGACUUGGAGAAACAAAGAGCUUUGAUUAAAGCUGAACUUGAUAAUGAGCUGAUGGAAGGAAAAGUUCAAUCUGGCAUGGGGCUAAUUUUACAGGGGUAUGAGUCUGGCUCAGAAGAAGAGGGGGAAAUACACGAGAAGGCAAGAAAUGGGAAUAGAUCAAGUGCUAGAUCAUCGAACACUAAGGGGAAACUUGAACUUGUAGACAAUAAAAAUAGUUCAAAGAAACGAAGCAAAAGCAGAUCAAAAGAACGGACUAGACAUAGAUCUGAUAAAAAGAAAAGCAAGGGAAGCGUUGAAGGAGUUAAAGAAAAAACAACCAGAAGUAAGUCUAAAGAAAGAAAAAAGUCCAAAAGUCCAUCUAAAAGAAGCAAAUCUCAAGAUCAAGCAAGAAAAUCAAAAUCGCCAGCACUUAAAAGGCGAUCUCAGGAGAAAAUUGGAAAGGCCAAAUCCCCCAUUGAGGAUAAGAUUAAAUUAGAAGAUAAAAGUAAAUCAAAAGAUCGAAAGAAAUCCCCAAUUAUAAAUGAAAGCAAAAGUCGUGAUCGUGGGAAAAAAUCCAAAUCUCCAAUAGAACUAAGAAGCAAAUCCAAAGACAGAAGGUCACGAUCCAAAGAUAGAAAAUCCAAACGAUCUGAGACUGAUAAAGAAAAGAAGCCAAUUAAAUCUCCCUCUAAAGAUGCUUCCUCUGGGAAAGAAAAUAGGUCCCCAAGUAGAAGACCAGGUCGUAGUCCUAAAGGAAAAAGCUUAUCUCCAAAACAGCGUGAUAAAUCAAGACGAAGUAGGUCCCCACUACUUAAUGAUCGGAGAUCCAAACAAAGUAAAUCACCAUCUCGGACUCUGUCUCCUGGUAGAAGAGCAAAGAGUCGAUCAGUGGAAAGAAAACGAAGAGAACCAGAAAGGAGAAGGCUUUCUUCUCCAAGAACACGUCCUAGAGAUGAUAUCCUUAGCAGACGUGAGAGGUCAAAAGAUGUCAGUCCUAUUAGCAGAUGGUCUCCAACUAGAAGAAGAUCAAGUAGGUCUCCUAUCCGUAGGAGAUCUCGUUCACCACUCAGGCGAAGCAGAACUCCAAGGAGGAGAAGCAGGUCUCCAAGAAGAAGAGAUAGAGGUAGGCGGAGUAGAUCUCGACUUCGACGGAGGUCUCGAUCUCGGGGUGGUCGUAGGCGCAGAAGCAGAAGCAAAGUAAAGGAGGAUAAAUUUAAAGGAAGCCUUUCUGAAGGAAUGAAAGUUGAACAGGAGUCAUCAUCUGAUGAUAACCUAGAAGACUUUGAUGUUGAAGAAGAAGAUGAAGAAGCCCUAAUAGAGCAGAGAAGAAUCCAAAGACAGGCAAUUGUUCAGAAGUAUAAAUACCUUGCUGAGGAUAGCAAUAUGUCUAUGCCAUCUGAGCCAAGCAGCCCUCAGAGUAGCACUCGAACACGUUCACCCUCCCCUGAUGACAUUUUAGAACGAGUUGCUGCUGAUGUUAAAGAAUACGAAAGGGAAAAUGUUGAUACAUUUGAGGCUUCUGUAAAAGCCAAACACAAUCUUAUGACAGUUGAACAAAAUAAUGGUUCAUCUCAGAAGAAGCUGUUGGCUCCUGAUAUGUUCACCGAAUCAGAUGAUAUGUUUGCUGCAUAUUUUGAUAGUGCUCGUCUUAGGGCUGCUGGCAUUGGAAAAGAUUUCAAAGAGAAUCCCAAUCUCAGGGAUAAUUGGACUGAUGCAGAAGGCUAUUAUCGUGUUAAUAUAGGUGAAGUCCUUGAUAAACGUUACAAUGUGUAUGGCUAUACUGGCCAGGGUGUCUUCAGUAAUGUAGUGAGAGCCAGAGAUAUGGCAAGAGCAAACCAGGAAGUGGCAGUGAAAAUCAUCAGGAACAAUGAACUUAUGCAAAAAACAGGUUUAAAAGAACUGGAAUUUUUAAAAAAGCUUAAUGAUGCUGAUCCUGAUGAUAAAUUUCAUUGUUUACGGCUCUUCCGACACUUUUACCACAAACAACAUCUCUGCCUUGUAUUUGAGCCUCUAAGUAUGAAUUUACGAGAGGUAUUGAAAAAGUAUGGAAAGGAUGUUGGUCUCCAUAUUAAGGCUGUAAGAUCCUAUAGUCAGCAGUUGUUCUUGGCAUUGAAACUUCUUAAAAGGUGUAACAUCCUACAUGCUGAUAUCAAGCCAGACAAUAUCUUGGUUAAUGAAUCAAAAACCAUUCUAAAGCUUUGUGAUUUUGGAUCGGCUUCACAUGUUGCAGAUAAUGAUAUUACACCCUAUCUCGUCAGUAGAUUUUAUCGGGCUCCUGAAAUUAUUAUAGGAAAAAGUUAUGACUAUGGUAUAGAUAUGUGGUCUGUAGGCUGCACAUUAUAUGAACUUUAUACUGGAAAAAUAUUAUUUCCUGGUAAAACCAAUAAUCAUAUGUUGAAACUUGCUAUGGACCUCAAAGGAAAAAUGCCAAAUAAGAUGAUAAGAAAAGGUGUGUUCAAAGAUCAACACUUUGAUCAAAAUCUCAACUUCAUGUAUAUAGAAGUAGAUAAAGUAACAGAAAGGGAGAAAGUUACUGUCAUGAGCACCAUUAAUCCUACCAAGGACCUCUUGGCUGAUUUGAUUGGGUGCCAGCGACUUCCUGAAGACCAACGCAAAAAAGUACACCAGCUAAAGGACUUGUUGGACCAGAUCUUAAUGUUGGACCCAGCUAAACGAAUUAGCAUCAACCAGGCUCUACAGCAUGCCUUCAUCCAGGAAAAAAUUUAAAUGAGAUGAAGAAGCUCAAAGGGUUUGAGUAAUUAAAAUACAAAGACUGAAGAAAUUUCACAGCAGUUUAUUAAUGUAUAUAAACUUAUAAAUAUUUCCCCCGCAAAUUGAGGAAGCAUGAUAUAUUUGAAUUAACACCAAGGCUGAUAUUUCUUUUAGAAAUGUUAGAGUAAAUCUGUUUGUGUCUUAUGUGAAAAUUUUCACUGUAGAACUGUUUUAAUUGCUGAGACUGCACACAAGUACAGUGCUAAUGUAAAUGGUUGCAGUUCACAUCAAAAAGAAAAAAAUCUGUUAUAAAAUGAACAGUAAUACUGGGUGGAUGAUUGGUUUUUUAGCAGACUUGGCUUCAUUUUUGUCUUAAAAAAAAAAAAAGGCCAGCAUAAAUGCUGUUUAUAUUCACGUUUUCCUAGGUGUGUGUGUGCAGGCCACAGCAGCAUGCCCUUGGUGUAGUCAGUGCCGAAAGGGGUCUGUUCCUUCUUGAGCCUGCCUGCAGGGAUGGUCUCCUCUUUUAAAGCAGGUUGUGUACAACUUUCAGUACACUGAAGGUAAGCUAAACCAUCAACAUCACUGGUGUUUUAAGAUGUUAUUUUACUGGAAAAACUGGCAAAUGAGGGACAGUAGCUUUGUGGCAGAAUUCCCUGCAUGUUCAAUAAUUGAUCUUGUUUUAUUUUUUGGCAUCGCAACUGUGGCAUAGUUACAACUUCUGUUCUGUUCAUCACAUUUAAAAUUUGGAGAGUACGCGCUUGAUGGGUAAAGCGCCUUCAGUGUACUGUUUCUUAUUGCUUUAAUUUUCUAAAUCAACUUGCUAUAGACUUUGUAUACAUUUUGUUAAAUACAGUUCCCAAUGACAUAGAGUACCAAUACUUACAGUUUUCAUUUACUAAUUAUAAAUGUUGGGGUCUAAUUCUGAAAGUCCUCAUUUAAAAGUUAGAUAGACAACAUAAUGAAAUUUUUAACUAUUUGUAUGUCAUUUUGAAAGUGUACUGCUUUAUGGUAAAAGUGUUUCAUUUGUUCAUUGUUUUCAUUAUUUGUGAUCAUGUUGUCUUUCAAUACAGGCAUAAACCUUCCACUCUUGAACAAAGCAGCUGCUUUUUAAAAGCGGUAAUUGCUUCUUUACCUUUUAUUUCUUUUGUAAAUGAAGCUUUUCUUUAAGAAAUGUGACUUUAAAGUGUUGUCUAUUACAUAAAACAGUUGACACUCACUUAUUGUAAAGUGAAGAUUGUUCUGCUGCAUGUAAAGUGGACCAUGCAGAUUUCUGUAUGUUUUCAGUAUGCAUCAUUAGAUAAUAAAGUCUUUUGUGAACAAGGCAUUUGUAGCCAUUUUUAAAAGUUUUUGUCUUCACUGCUGGUAAGUCAGAUAAUCUGUAAAAGUUGAAAGCAACCUUCCAUUUUUCUAUAUAGAAUCCUUUAUCUAAAGGGAUUAGUAAAGAUGUGAAUCUUGCCAAAUUCAUGUGAGGCAAAUAAUUAGAAUCCUAAUUAUUUUCAUAAAAUCCUACCAAUACUGUGAGCUUUCGUUGUAGUGCAUUUUUUCCUGUAGGUUCUGGGGUUUAAUUCAGGAUAUAACUAAUGUUUCUGCUGUUUUCUCACUUUUCCUUUUGAUGGUGCUGAAAGAGAAAAAAAGAAAGCGGGGCACAGGCCAUUCAACGCCUUCUCCAGGGGGCCUGAUUUGCUGAGACUCCAACUUCACCUUCUUAACAAGGUUAUUUCUGACAGCAUGUGUAGAUAAACAUUAGCAAAAAGUUAAAAGAAAAUCAUUUAAAUCAGUUUGGCUUUACAAUACCAAGAAACAAGAACUUAGUAAAACUCAAGUAUAGUCUCUUGUAUUUGUUGAGCAAUAAAAAUAAUUACUUGUUUACCUAACAAGUAUGGAAAAAUCAACUUUUUUAGAGUUGAAAAUAGUUUAAGAAAUAGUAAAUGGGUUUUUUUUUUUUUGUUCACCUAGGCACGUAAUUACAACAAACAUGCACAUUUGGUGCAUUCAAGGAUGGAAAAUCAGAAUAGCAGGCAUUCUGCUGGUGGGUUGUGCCCCAUUAAGGACAUGAAACUACAACAGGCAGGUGAUGGGUGAUGUAACAUAGCUAUUUGAACCUACAACCUGUCUCUUCAUAGUAUAGUCCUUAAAAACAAUAUCAAUUUUUUUAUAUUAUGUCUUUUUAAGACCAAAAAUGCAGCUUUUUAAAAUAUCAUGGACUACUAGCUGUAGUGUGUCCUUUAUUUUACAUAGGUAAUAACGUGCUGCACGUUUGAAUCUUUCAUAACAAUUCCCUUCAGAUAUAAUUUGAUGCUUCUGCUGAUUUCAUAGCACCAUUUUACAUCAUUAUUUAGUAAUAAAAUGUGUUAACAUCCACUAGAAACACUUCACCUUAUACCUUCAAAGCAUAUUAACUAUUCCUUAAAAACAAAGUUGCUUGUUUACUUGUUCUUUGUGUUGUAGGUGCAGCUCAAGGAAGAUGAUGACAACCAGAAGACAUGAGCUAAGGGUAAGUGACUAUUCUUCAGAAGAACCUUUUGCAUUUAAAUGGUCAAGAUAUGGGAGCCUGUUCUCUGCAGUGUUGAAGAUACAUCCUUAACUAUUUCAAUGACAUGUUGAACUGGAAUAAGCAUUAAGGAGCACAUUUUCUUGGCUUACUUAUUGAUCACUUAAUGAAAUGUGCCUCUUUUACUCUGUAGUCUUUUUUUCUCCUUCAUUUAAGUUUGGUAUUUUGUAUGCCUUCACUUUUAGAACAAUGAUCUUCAAAAACAUUUCCAAAGUGGCAAGACAUCAUUUUAAGUAUUUGUUGUAUGUUUUUUAUUCCUUUAGAUAUGCUGUUAAAAUACUUGUUUCCCACAGUAGCAAAAACACAUGCUGUAACCUUAAAAUUAUUAAUAAAAAUAUUUAGGUGUUAAAAUAUUACUGUUUAGCUUUUACUAUUCCUUUAACAGACCUAAAUCAGAUCAUUAAAAUUCUUUUAGCAUGGAGGAAAAUACAGUAUAAAUAUCAAAUACAAAAGUAAUGUACAUUUCUUCCAUUAAAGGACACUAAUUUGGCAAGAGAAAGGAGACUGAUUUCAGCAUGCUUUUGCUUUUACACUAACUUUUCUUGAGGUUGAUGUGUUAAUUCUUUUCCUGACUAAUCUUAAAUACUAGGAGUGCCAGAGAAAAUGGUAAUAAUUGUUCCUUUAGAAAUUAGAAAUGGGCUGCUUACUGCAAUGCUUGCACAAAAAAGGCCCGUUACACAAAAGUUUGGGGAUUGGAAAGGGAACUUAAUCCACAAUUUCCUGCCUUCCACUCCAAAACUAGAAAGAACAAAUUUCUCAUAAAUGUUUGAGACUUUUAUAUACACCCUCAAUCGAGUUAGAAUUCACCUACCACCUCUUAAUUUAGAAUUAUUUGUUCUGUUUUCCAAAUACUUAAAUAUACUGGGCUACUGUAAAACUGCAUUAUGGUUGUGUCAAAUUUGCCAUAUGUUUAGAGCAUUUAGUCUUGUAUAUUUCAUAGCCUGUACGUUUUAAAGUUAAGGUCCUAAGAUGUCUACUUCAGAAGGAUAUAUUUCUAGUUGUUUGUAUGCCACUGAAAUGAAUGGAAAAAAGCAACUGCUUAUAUACAGUAAGAUGUGAGGCAGAUAAUGUAGAAUAUCAGAUGGGAAAGGAGACAGGACACUUAUGAAGACCCACUAAUUGGAGCCUCUCAAGGUUCUUUCUAUUUAGUCUUGAUUUUUUGAAAGAGAGAUAUCCAGUCUUUAUUUUCUAGGGUCAUUAUGCUUAUUUGCUGCUGUAUAGCUAAUCAGGUGAAGGGCCUAUGGAGAGCUCACAGUGUAAAAGCAUUAUAUAUACUGUACUUGUAUUGGAAGGAAUUAGCUUUCAUGCAAAGAUAAUUUUAAUUUUUGAGUCAUUUAGCAAAAUUUUAUAUUUACAAGGAAGGGUGUCAACAAAAAAACAUAACUGAACUUUUUAAAAUUUGAAGGAUAUGAAAUGUAAGUUCUUUGGUACCAGACAGUACAAAUUUGAGAUUUUUGCUUAUAUCAGUUUGAAUUGUGUAACAUGGUAAGAGUUUCUGAAUCCAACUCUAAAUAAAUAUUCUUCUCCCUGAA